AGCUCAGGGCUAAUCUUCCUCAAAAAAAAAAAAAAAUUUAAACCCUGUGAGCCCAUCUAGCACACCUGUGGGCCGGUCCAGGGGCCAGUUGUGCCUGUCUGACAGGGUGAAGGGGAUACAUUUCAGAGGACUCUGCUGGGCUGAAGGUGGUGGGCGUGGGAACUUUUCCUGGAGGAACUUUCCUGGAAAGGACUCCAGGGCUGGGCCCCCAACCCUUUCCUGACACCCAUCCCCCAUGCCCUGCUCUGCAGAAAUGGGUUCCUCACCCCAGAAAGUGAAGUGCAGCCUCUGUCCUCCCGUUUUGGAGGCCUUAGUUCUCAGAGUCUGAAGGGAAAACGGAGACUGAGAGGUGGAAUAUGAAGCUGCCAGGUGUGUCUGAGGUUCUGGGACCCACGGAGAGCUGAUCAGACACUUUUACCCUUGCUAUCCCCAGCCUUGAGAAGGAGCUGGGGGAGGGGGUCUAGAAAAAUCAGAUUGAUCCCACGUCUUUCCGAGGUGUGGGGCAUGGAGGGGUCGGGAUAUAGGGGAGUUCCCGGGCCUCUCUGUUUCCUGAGUUCACUCCUAGGGAGAGAGAACUCUGGGCCAGUCUUGGGGGAAACCCAGAGGACCUGCUGACUGGCCUGGGGGCCUUAACUGAAAUCCAGGGGCAUCUCCAUGGAGACACCAUAAGACCUUCAGAAGCCCUGUGUGCUGAAAAGGACCCUGGAGCCCUCUGCCCAGCAAGGUGCCCUUCGUCCUGUGAGGACAGCUGCAAUGCUCUCUUUGAAACAUGAAAUAUCAAAGUCCUUCUACAAAAUGUAUUUUCCCAUUUUGGCCCUCCUGCUUUGCUAGUCUCAAGAGUAUGAGCAGGCAAUGCGGAUCUGGGAGUCACCUCCCCGCCAAGAGCAGGUGCAGCCAGGCUCGGGACCCCCGACCCGGAACCCUUGAAGCCGGGAACCCUAUAGGGCUGCAGCUGCAUGGGGAACGGGAUCUGGGAGGGACUUCCUGUUGUCCCUAAUCCCAGUCUCCACCCGGCUCCCCGCGCCCGUGCAGGCUGUGGAGACUCCCUUCCCCGGGGAGGGGACCCCACUACCCGAGGCUCCUGGCUGGGAGCUGGAGGGGGCUUGGCCAACAAGAGGGUGCUGUGCCUUCUAGGUCUGAGAGAGAAAAUGUCUGCAGAUGGCAGAGGCAUCCGGGCUACCCAGGACAAGAAGAAGGCCCAAGAGCUUCCAGGUCCUAGGCAUCUUUGUCAAGAAAUGCUUUCUGAGGCAGAGGAGGUGGUGCCUUUGGGAGCCACUCGAGAGUCACCCCACAUCAAGAUGGAGCCAGAAGAGCAGCACCCCGAGGUGGUGUUGCAGGAGGACGGGACUCAAGGAGCUCGGGGCUCGGUGCCCCUAAGCCUAGGCUCUAAGGAGAAAGCUCUUUUCCUGCCUGGCGGAGCCCUCCCCUCCCCCCAGAUCCCUGUGCUUUCCCGUGAGGGGAGGACCAGAGACCGGCAAAUGGCUGCGGCGCUCCUCACCGCCUGGUCCCAGAUGCCAGUGACCUUUGAGGAUGUGGCUCUGUACCUCUCCCGGGAGGAGUGGGGGCGGCUGGACCACACGCAGCAGAGCUUCUACGGGGAUGUCCUGCAGAAGAGGAACGGGCUGUCCUUGGGGUUUCCCUUCGGCAGACCUGUCUGGGCCUCCCAAGUGCAGGGCAAGGGUGAGGCCUCGAGCUCGUGCCGGCAGACAGAUGAGGAGGAGAAGAGAGGAGCCAUUGAGGUGGGGAAGGAGGAGCCAGCUCCAUCCCUGGCAGCCCUCAGGGAUGUGAAGGCCCUCAGGACCAGGGCAGGGAGAACCCAGGGAGACAUCCUUCAGUGCAGGCGGCAAGCAGCUAACAGCCAGAGCCCAGGGCCAGCCAAAAAUGACGGGCAGCCAGGCCCCCCAGAGGAGAGACAGCCAAAACUAGCCCCACCUGACACCAGCCUCCUGAAGGCCCAGGAGGGCCACCUCCCAGAGAAACCCAAAGAAGGGGAGACAGGUGCCCCCGAGAACAGCGAGGAGAGCCUGCCCGCCGAUGGCGACACCAGCAAGAAGACCUACAAGUGUGAGCAGUGUGGCAAGGGCUUCAGCUGGCACUCACACCUGGUGACGCACCGGCGCACGCACACGGGCGAGAAGCCCUACGCCUGCACGGACUGCGGCAAGCGCUUCGGCCGCAGCUCGCACCUCAUCCAGCACCAGAUCAUCCACACGGGUGAGAAGCCCUACACCUGCCCCUCCUGCUGGAAGAGCUUCAGCCACCACUCGACACUGAUCCAGCACCAGCGCAUCCACACAGGCGAGAAGCCCUACGUGUGCGACCGCUGUGCCAAGCGCUUCACCCGCCGCUCGGACCUGGUCACCCACCAGGGCACCCACACGGGCGCCAAGCCCCACAAGUGCCCCAUCUGCAGCAAGUGCUUCACGCAGAGCUCGGCCCUGGUCACCCACCAGCGCACCCACACCGGGGUCAAGCCCUACCCGUGCCCCGAGUGCGGCAAGUGCUUCAGCCAGCGCUCCAACCUCAUUGCCCACAACCGCACGCACACGGGCGAGAAGCCCUACCACUGCCUCGACUGCGGCAAGAGCUUCAGCCACAGCUCGCACCUCACUGCCCACCAGCGCACCCACCGUGGCGUCCGGCCCUACUCCUGCCCCCUCUGCGGCAAGAGCUUCAGCCGGCGCUCCAACCUGCACCGGCACGAGAAGAUCCACACCACUGGGCCUAAGGCUCUGGCCAUGCUGAUGCUGGGGGCCGCGGGUGCUCUGGCAGCCCCCUCACCUGCUCCCACCUAGGAGAUGGGGAGAGAAGGGGCUGGGCCCCUGGAGGAGGAGCAAGGGCAGCUGCUGUUGGAAUGAGGGUGGGCAUAGGAACAGGAUUGGGGAGGUGCUGGCACAGGGUGGGGCAUGGCAACACAGGAGGAGCUAGGGUGAGGAGCAGAGAUGCCAGCUGCAAAUUAAAGGCCUUGGAAUUCAA